GACUGUCGCGCGAACGCCGGAGCGCUCCGUGCUCGAGACACGAGAAGAAAGUGGAACUGGUUGCUCGCGAACUCGUUGUUUCUGUUUGUUGAAAAAUGGAGAGCGGCGGGGAUUUCAGACUCGUUGACGUGUUCUCGUAUGAAAGUCUUGUACACGCUGUAGCUGGAGCAGUGGGGAGUGUGACGGCGAUGACGGUGUUUUACCCUUUGGACACUGCCAGAUUACGUCUCCAGGUGGAUGAGAACAGGAACGCUAGAUCCACACCUGCAGUCUUGGCUGAGAUUGUUAAAGAAGAGGGACUACUUGCCCCCUACCGAGGUUGGUUCCCUGUCAUUUGCAGCCUCUGCUGCUCCAACUUUGUCUACUUCUACUGCUUCCACAGCCUGAAAGCCAGCUGGUUGAGGGGUCAGAGGUCUACCCCUGGCAGAGACCUUGUCUUUGGCAUUGCCUCAGGUGUGGUGAAUGUCCUGGUAACAACCCCCCUCUGGGUAGUCAACACCAGGCUUAAGUUGCAGGGGGCCAAAUUCCGCAAUGAAGACCUCCACUCCACACACUAUACGGGUAUCCUAGAUGCUUUUGAGCAGAUUGUGCGUCAGGAGGGGGUGUCAUCUUUGUGGAAUGGGACGGUGCCCUCUCUUUUGCUCGUGCUGAACCCAGCGGUGCAGUUCAUGAUUUAUGAGGGACUGAAGAGGCAGCUAUGGAAAGGGGUCCACAGAGAGUUGUCGUCCUUAGAAGUGUUUGUGAUUGGAGCCAUCGCAAAGGCUAUAGCCACCACUGUCACCUACCCUCUGCAGACAGUACAGUCCAUUCUGAGAUUUGGUCAGCACAGACAGCAGACAGAUAGAUCAUGGCUACUGAGCAGUUUGAGGAGCAUUGUCUACCUGCUGACAAACAGAGUCAGGAAACAUGGCAUCAUGGGACUCUUCAAGGGCCUGGAGGCUAAACUUCUGCAAACCGUGCUCACUGCGGCACUUAUGUUCCUCCUCUAUGAAAAAAUAGCCAGCAACACCUUCCGUGUCAUGGGAGUAAAGGGACCCAUGCGUAGCCGCUGACUGACUUCACUGCAUCUCCAGUCAGCAGGACUACCUAAGCAAAUCAAGCAAAACCGUCCAGUACUGAUCCAGGAGUAUCGCUCUGGAUUUGCAUCAGCUCGUUCGUCUUAAUGAGCUUCAUACUAAUUCAUACAUGGAUCUUAAUGCUACUUUUUUAAUCUUAAUGUGCCCCGAUACCUUGUUUUUUCGGCUGACCAGGUGAUACCAUGAACCAGCCCAUCAUUUCUGAUAUAGCCUGGAAGACUUUGUCUGCGUUACAAAACACUCACAUUUAUCCAGGGAUCUCUUUUGCUAAGUUACUACUAUGCAGAAUACUUGAUAAACUGAGGUUUAAAAAGGAUUAAGUUGUUUACAUGUACUUUUUAAUGGGUAAUUAGUUUGGUGUUGAAACCACUAGGUAUUUUGUGAACGAUUUUUCUCAUGUAAGUGAACUGUAAGUUGUAGUUCUGCCCAGUUCAGCCUGAAAAAGCUGAAAUGACAGCAAGUGAUUAUUAGAAAAUUGUGUGUAAAUUAUUAUUUUUUUUAACCUCUCCAUAAUGGUUACUGUCUCAUUUGACAGAAUUCUGCCAUCCACGGGCCACAAAAAUCCACCGAGUGUCAUGGAAACUUUGAGUUUCAUUUGUAUUUGUUAUAGUGCAAAUUUUGGAGGAGACAUUUUUGUAUUUAAAUGUACAAUGAAAACAUUAACAGUUAGGCAAUGUCAUAAAUAUUGAGCGAACAAAAGAACAAAAUUUGACAAUGUAUUUAGUAAUUCAAACAGAAACACAUGAAAGAGUGCUUGAAACUGGUUAGUAUUUGAAUUCUGUAAAGCAUGGCCAUAUACAGUGCCCUCCCCUAAUAUUGGCACCCUUGGUAAAUAUGAGCAAAGAAGGCUGUGAAAAAUUGUCUUUAUGGUUUAACGUUUUGAUCUUUUGUUAAAAAAAAAUUCACAAAAAUACUCUCAUGGAUGGCAAACAGUUGCAAACAUAACACAGGUUUAUCCAACAAAAAAAAAUCUUUGUUAAAAAUAUGUGGCACAAUUAUUGGUACCCCUAUGAAUUCAUAUAAGAAAAAUAUAUUUGAAGUAUAUUCCUAUUGAUAUUUUACAUUUUUGUAGUACACCUGGGUGACUAGGAACAGGAAAUUGUUCAACCAUGACUCAUUUCACAGGGGUAUAAAUAUGAGGUAAGAUAUAGGCCCGAUUCUCUUAGUAAUUCAUCACAAGGGGUAAGAUCAAAGAAUAUAGCUGUGAUGUGUGGCAAAAAGUUGUUGAGCUUCAGAAAAUGGGAAGUGGCUAUAAGAAAAUAGCAAAAGCAUUGAAAAUGCCCAUUUCUGCCAUCAGGGCAAUAAUUAAGAAGUUCCAGUCAACUGGAAAUGUUAUGAAUCAACCUGGAAAAGCAAGUGUGUCUAUAUUGUCUCAACGCACUGUGAAGAGGAUGGUUCCAGUGGCCAAAAAAUCUCCAAGCUGGAGAAUUGCAGAAGUUAGUUGCAUCUUGGGGUCAGAAAGUCUCCAGAAGUACAAUCUGACAUCACCUACAUCACCACAAGUUGUUUGGAAAGUUUCAAGAAAAAAACCUCUACUCUCAUCCAAAAACAAACUCAAGCAUCUUGAGUUUGCCAGACACUACUGGAACUUCAAAUGGGAUCGGGUUCUAUGGUCAGAUGAAACCAAAAUAGAGCUUUUUGGCAAUAAACAUUUGGCACACACAGAGAGGUAGUGAUAUGGAAAAGUACCUCAUGCCCACGGUUAAAUAUGGUGGUGGCUCUAUAAUGUUUUGGGGCUGUUCUUCUCCCAGAGGACCUGGACAUUUUGUUAGGAUACAUGGCAUCAUGGACUCUUAUCAAAUAUCAACAGAUAUUAAAUGAAAACCUGACUGCCUCUGCCAGAAAGCUUAAAAUGGGCUGUGGUUGAAUCUUCCAGCAGGACAAUGAUCCAAUAAAAUACAUCAAAAUCAACACAAAAAUGGUUUACUGACCACAAAAUCAAGGUCCAGCUAUAGCAAUCCCAGUCCCCUGACCUGAACUCCAUAGAUAACCUGUGGGGUGAACUGAAGUGGAGAGUCCACCAGCGUCGACCUCAAAAUUUGAAGGAUCUCGAGAGAUUCUGUAUGGAGGAAUGGUCUCAGAUCCCUUGCCAUGUAUUCUCCAACCUCAUCAGGCAUUAUAGGAGAAGGCUCAGAGCUGUUAUCUUGGCAAAGGGAGGUAGCACAAAGUAUUGA